AUGCCGCUAAAGCUGUCGUGGUCCAGUGCUGCGCUCAGGUUCAUCAACAUCGUCGACCCGACGCUGGAGAAUGACCGCGCCUCGCACGAGGCUGAGGGCCCCCUCUCCGCUCCCCUCGCACCGCCCCUUGAGAACGAGGUGCAGAGCUGCCGGUCGGGCGAGGAAUAUGGGGUGUAUGCCGAAGCGUGA